UUGCGCAGCACCGUCGCUGUCACGCUGCCUGCUACGUCCGUGAGUGAGGCGGUACGGGCUGUCACCUUCCGCGGAUCCCACUGGUUGCUCAGCAGGCCGGGGCGGGUGCGCGCGCAUCCCUGUGCCCGCCUCCCCCCCCCCGUUCGGGGUCGUUCCUACUUCGCAGUCGGCUGAGGCGCCCCUCCCCGCCGUGGUCUUCCGCUGCCGGACGUUGGCCGCACGGCCCUGCUCUGCGGAGGGAAGGAGCUGCGCGCGAGGGCGGAACGCCGCCUCACCCUGAGUCAUAUGCAGAAGCUGAGUUGACAUGGAUGUCUAUGUAUUUUUCUGUCUUUACUGUUGAAGAAAGUGCUGUAAUGUGAGAGACUGAAAAUACAGUUGAGAAAAACAACAAAAUGAGUAGUCGUCGAAAGCGUGCUGCUCCAUCAAAAAUAGAUGAGGCGGAGAAGAAAUUGCUCUGUUGGAAUAUGCAUGAGGACCGGAGAAAUGAGUUGAUGACAUUAGAUGAUGAAUUGACUACUGAGGAUGAAGUUCCAGGUCCUAGCACUUCCUCUGCAUCCUUCUUUGUUAUAAAUGACGAUAGCAUUGAUGAAGAUCUCAUUCAAAAAGAUGACAGUCAUUCAAAAUCUGAGAAGUUUUUGACAGCUAAUGAUGGUGAAGACUUUAAUUCCACCUCAACUCCCAUGUCAGUACAGCUAAAUAUUGUAGUCUUGCCAUAUCGUGCAGAUGGGUCCUGGAAAGUUUUAUUGGGAGAACUUGCUUUUUAUCUUCCUGCUGAGCAAGUUGUAAAUGAGGAAUUCCAUGAAAGGGGCUUUACGUUAAUGAGAGGAGACUCUGACAAUCACCUGCUGGUCUGUGUCAAUAAAAGAAGUGAAGAAGAGUACAGUAAUGGAACAAAAGAAUGCCUGGGUGCUUACGGGCAAACUAUUUUGGUGGAACCAACUUUAGGUGGUGAAAUAUUAGAAGGCUUGAGGUGGUUGCAAAAUAAAAAGAUAAUUGGACUUUAUCAAAGACCUGGAGAGGGUCAAACUCUAAAGGUUGGAAUCUACCUUCUGGAAGCAGGGCUAAGUAAACCAGAGUUUCUCAGUGAUGGAGGUGGAAGACCCAAAAAAGCUAAUCAGCUAGUUCAAAAACUCAUGGAGAAGUUCCAUAGUUUUAUAAUUCCAGAUGUGUUGGAGGAAGAUGAGGAAGAAUCUGACAUGGAGCUAGAGCGGCAAAAUAUUGAAGAGCUUUAUGACUUUGUAAGGCAUACCCAUCAGCAGGAUGUGCAACUACUGAGAGAGGAUGUGCAGCAUCCUGCCUUAAUUCCCAUUCUAAGGCCAUACCAAAGUGAAGCUGUGAAUUGGAUGCUUCACCGAGAGAACUUCACAAGCACUCCAGGUGAAAAUGCACUGCAUUUCUUAUGGCGAGAGGUCGUCACUCUGGAUGGAGUGAAAAUCUACUAUAAUCCCUUUACUGGCUGUGUUAUUCGUGAAUAUCCAUUUGCUGGACCUCAGUGGCCUGGUGGCAUUUUGGCAGAUGAGAUGGGUCUUGGAAAAACAGUAGAAGUGUUGGCUCUUAUUCUGACUCACACCCGCCAAGACAUUAAGCAAGAUGAUCUGACAUUACCUGAGGGUGAGCUUGUGAACUUCUUUGUUCCACCUCAACCUUCACAAGGAAGUAAAAAGAAAAAACCAAGAGAGAUGGAACUUAAAUUGAAGGAAAAAAUACAAUAUCCUAGUUUAAGAGUGAUGGUGUUAGCAGCUGUGAAGGAAAUGAACGUGAAGAAAGGAGCAUCCAUUUUUGCAAUAUUUAAGUAUAUCAGUGCUGUAUAUAGAUAUGACGUGCAGAGAAAUAGACGACUUCUCAAAAGAACACUGGAAAAACUAAUAGCAGAACAAGUAGUAGAACAAGUGAAAGGACAUGGUCUGGCUGGGUCUUUCAAGCUGGGAAAGAAUUACAAGGAGCAGAAGAGACGAGAGAAAACCAAAGAGCAGAUAGCAAAGACUUCAGAAAGGAUUCAGAAGAAGCAGUUGUCUGAUGCUAAUACUCAAACCAAAGAAUCAAAAGACAGUGAUGUCACUUCUACAGAUGUCCUUAAAAUCCCUUUACGAUCAAGUAUUGCCACAGAAGAACAUGAUUAUUGUGCAACUAACAAAAAUGACAGGAAAUCUGAAACAGAUAAUGAGGACUCUGUGGACGAGAAUAACAUUCAGCAGAAAGCUGUGGUCUCCAAAUCUCCAGACUUGCAUGGCAAGCUCCUCAUUUCUGAUGACAUUAGCAGUCAUCCUGAUGUUGAUGUUUCUAAAAGUGCAACUGACGCCCAGCAGGAAAUCCCACAAUCUUCACAUUCACAAGAACAUGCUAGCAAUAGCGUGCAACGGACCAGCUCUGUAUUUCCAUUUAAUACCUCUGAAUAUCGUUUUGAAUGCAUCUGUGGCGAGCUUGGAUUGGUUGACUAUAAAGCUCGUGUGCAGUGCCUGAAAUGCCAUUUAUGGCAGCACGCAGAAUGUGUAAACUAUAAAGAGGAGAACUUGAAAAUCAAGCCCUUUUACUGUCCCCAUUGCCUUGUGGCAAUGAAACCAGUUUCCACAGGAGCAACUCUGAUCAUUUCUCCAAGUUCAAUUUGUCAUCAAUGGGUAGAUGAGAUCAACAGGCAUGUGAGAUCAUCAUCUCUUCGAGUUCUGGUUUAUCAAGGUGUGAAGAGGCAUGGCUUUUUGCAGCCACACAUGUUGGCAGAGCAGGAUGUGGUUAUCACAACGUACGAUGUCCUCCGUACUGAACUGAACUAUGUGGACAUACCCCAUAGCAACAGCGAAGAUGGGCGCCGUUUCAGGAACCAGAAGCGCUACAUGGCCAUCCCGAGCCCCUUAGUAGCAGUGGAGUGGUGGAGGAUCUGCCUUGAUGAAGCACAAAUGGUUGAAUGUACUACUGCAAAGGCUGCUGAAAUGGCACUCCGUUUAAGUGGAAUCAAUCGUUGGUGUGUCAGUGGCACUCCCGUGCAGCGAGGAUUAGAAGAUCUAUAUGGAUUAGUCCUUUUCCUUGGAAUUGAUCCUUACUGGGUCAAACAUUGGUGGGACCAACUUUUGUAUCGACCUUAUUGUAGGAAAAAUUCCCAGCCUCUCUACAGUCUGAUUGCCAAGAUAAUGUGGAGAUCAGCAAAGAAAGAUGUGAUCGACCAAAUUCAAAUUCCCCCUCAGACAGAAAAUAUACACUGGCUUCACUUUUCUCCUGUGGAGAGACACUUCUACCAUCGCCAGCAUGAGGUGUGCUGCCAGGAUGCAUUGGCAAAACUCAGGAAGAUUUCGGAUUGGACUCUUAAGCUUAGUAGCCUAGAUAGAAGGACUGUGACAUCCAUUCUGUACCCUUUGCUGCGGCUGAGGCAGGCCUGCUGUCAUCCACAAGCUGUUCGAGGAGAGUUCUUGCCCUUACAGAAGAGCACCAUGACCAUGGAAGAGUUGCUUACAUCUCUGCAGAAGAAAUGUAGAACAGAGUGUGAGGAGGCUCACCGACAGCUGGUGUGUGCUCUUAAUGGCUUAGCUGGUAUCCAUAUCAUUAAAGGAGAAUACACAUUAGCUGCAGAGCUGUACCGAGAAGUGUUACGUUCUUCUGAAGAGCACAAAGAAAAGCUCAAAACAGAUUCCUUGCAAAGACUUCAUUCCACACACAACUUGAUGGAGUUGUUGGCAAAGCACACAGGAAUUCCUCCAACUUUGCGUGACAGUCAGCUUUCAGCAGAGGCAGAACAACUUCGACAGCAUUAUAUGAGUAAAUCCAAUGCAGAAGUUGCAGAAGCCCAUCAGGCUUUACAGCCAGUUCUACAGACCAUUCGGGAGCUCCAGAGAAAGAUACAUUCUAGUUCUCCUUGGUGGUUGGAUGUCAUCCAGACAGCAAUACAGUACGCCAUUGAUGAAGAGCUUGUUCAGCGUGUGCAAAAUGAAAUAACCUGCAACUACAAACAACAGACAAAUAAACUCUCCAUGGCAGAUAAAUUCAGAGACUGUAGAGGCCUUCAAUACCUGCUCACAACCCAGAUGGAUGAAGUGAAGAAGUUCCAGAAGAUUGUAAGAGAAGCAGUGAAAAAUUUAGAAGGCCCUCCCUCAAAGGAGGUUAUUGAGGCUGCCACUAUUUGCCACUUGCGACCUGUUAGACUUCCACUUAACAACUGUGUCUUUUGUAAGGCUGAUGAGUUGUUCACAGAAUAUGAGUCAAAGCUCUUUUCUCAUACUGUUAAAGGCCAAAUGGCUAUAUUUGAAGAGAUGAUAGAAGAUGAAGAAGGGCUUGUUGAUGAUCGUUUGCCCACCACAAGUAGAGGACUGUGGGCAGCUAGUGAAACUGAGCGUGCCUUGAAAGCUAUUCUCUCCUUUGCCAAAGCACACCGGCUGGAUGUUAAGCUAACUGAAGAAGGUAGCAUAUUUCUGGAACUCUUUGAAGCAUGGAAAAAGGAAUAUAAGUUACUUCAUGAAUAUUGGAUGGUACUAAGGGAUCACGUGUCUGCUAUUGAUGAACUAGCAAUGGCUACAGAACGGCUGAGGGUGCGUCAUCCUGAUGAGCCAAAACCAAAUCCACCAGUUCUCCACAUCAUAGAGCCGCAUGAGGUGGAGCAAAACCGUGUGAAACUUCUAAACGAUAAGGCAGUUGCUAAAUCACAGCUUCAAAAGAAACUGGGACAACUUCUAUAUCUCACUAAUCUGGAGAAAUCUCAACAUAAAACUACUGGGGGAGUUAAUCCAGAACCAUGUCCUAUCUGUGCACGUCAACUGGGAAAACAGUGGGCUGUGCUGACGUGUGGGCAUUGUUUUUGUAAUGAGUGUAUAGCUAUCAUCAUAGAGCAGUACAGUGUUGGCACCCGCCGGAGCUCAAUUAAAUGCGCCAUUUGCAGGCAGACAACAUCUCAUAAAGAAAUAUCAUAUGUCUUCACUGCUGAAACUGCAAAUCAAGAUGAUGAUAUUCCUGUAAAGGGAAGUCAUUCCACCAAAGUGGAAGCUGUGGUUCGAACGCUGAAGAGAAUUCAAUUUAAAGAUCCAGGGGCUAAGUCCUUGGUUUUCUCAACGUGGCAAGAUGUGUUGGACAUAAUUGCUAAAGCUUUGUACGACAACAAUAUGACUUUUUCUCAAAUCAAUGGAAUUAGUAAAUUUCAGGAAAAUCUCUCUGCAUUUAAAUACGAUCCCAAGAUAAAUAUUUUGCUGCUACCUCUUCAUACUGGUUCUAAUGGACUAAACAUAAUAGAAGCAACUCACGUUCUCCUUGUGGAACCUAUUCUGAAUCCUGCACAUGAGCUUCAGGCCAUUGGCAGAGUUCAUCGUAUUGGCCAGACAAAGUCUACCAUUGUCCAUAGGUUCCUGAUAAAAGCAACAAUAGAAGAAAGAAUGCAGACUAUGCUAAAAACUGUAGAUAGGAGCCACACAAGCUCUUCCAUGAAACAGUCAGAAGCUUCAGUUCUGACGGUGGCGGACCUGGCUGACCUUUUUACAGAGGAAACUGAAGAACUUGAGUGAAGACAUCAGCUCAUGAAAUCAGGAAGUACCUUAUAUAAUAAUGUCCUGUAUAUAAUACUGACCUGCUAUUCCUUUAAACACUAUCUAAUAACUGCCCUAAAGAGAGCUACUGGAUGUAGAUAAGUCUUUUAAUUGUUAAUAUUGUGGUGACAUUCUUAGCAGCACGCUUUUCUGAUAGCACUGGAGAAAACUUGCACUUUACACUUAAAACAAAAAUGUGGAUUUUAUUCCCAAAGAACAUUUGAGCUGGAUGCUGACACUGAGAUCUUGGACUGCUGGAUUUUUACCAUCAGGUGUGAUUGGCUGGUGGUUCAGUCUGAGGUCAAAACUGUGGUGGUGGGGUGGGAAAGAGAAGCAGAAAAACAGAAAUAUACUUUUUUUUACUGUACAAAGAAUUAUUAGGAAGAAUGACUGUAAAUUAAGAAAUCUAGAAAGGGCUUCUAAGGUUGUUAGCAUUUAUUGCCAUGUUCUUGAAUGUCUUACUGGUAACACUUUAAAUUAAUCUUUACUAAUUAUUUGGAUAUUUGUAUGAGACUUUUAGAUAUUCAUAAAGAUUUGUGUGACGAUUAAAUUUCAUUGUUAAUGCUCACUCACUGCAAAAUCAUGUUAAAUUAAAUUAUGCUUUUUGGA